GAGAUAGAAAAAGGCCAAUGAAGUCGUGCCAAGUUGUUGAUAAAACAAGAAGGGAAAAGAAACAAAAAAGGCUCAUCUUGUCCCGGCAAAGUGGGUGGGCUCGGUUUGGGUAACUUUGACAGUCAGGCGGCAUCGGGAACCAAAUCUCCGCCUUUUCUUUUUCCAUUUUUUUUUUUUCUUUUACUCUGUUAGUCCCGCCGGUUCCUGCGCGUUCGGUUUCUACCCUCCCAACCCUCGGUUUUCCUACUCCCCACGUCUCGUCAUAGUCGUCGCUCCCGUUGUGGAGAGUCCGGUUCCGCCGUCCGCCGUGGCCGGUUAUUAUUGCUGGCUUGCUUCAAAAAUAGCGAAAGGGACGCCUAGUGACGCGGGGGUUACUUGGUUUUCCAAGUUGCGAGACAGGCCAGCUCAUCCGGGUCGUUUGAAUUUCCCAGAAAAUGGUGGAUGUCGAAACGCGGUUGACUGGGAAACAGUUUCCUUCCGAGAGAUUCACGUAAUACACCUCCAGUGUGCGUGUGUGUUUCAUUCAGGGUUGAACAAACAACGCCCUUUAGUGUAACACUGGGCCGCCGCAACGCCGCCGUGACUGCUCCUUCUUAUCGAUUUCCGGACCCAACCUCCCCUUGCCCUCAGUCGUCGUUCAGAUAACGUGUGGAUUGCGACAACGUUUUAGACUGGGGAUAGAGUCAGAAAAGUCCUGGUGUGCCAAUAAGUAAGUCCUGUGAGCUCAAUUUUCUCGUCUUUUUUUUUCCUUUUCACUGGGCGGAUUGCGUCGUUUCCAUUUGAUUUCCCCCCAGUCUCUCCGUCUCCCAUUGUGAGCGAUUUAUCGAUGGAAAUAAACGCGUGUUCCAGAAUUAGCCGUCAUGUCAGAUUGACAAUGAACAGCCGUCACCUUCUUAUCGUCUGAUAUUUCGGAGAACACGGAGCACCAGCCAAAAAGGGUUGUAGGAACGUUCCGACGUCAAAUCCGCUCGUGUUUCAUUCAACGACGGACCCUACGCCAGCUGUUUCUUAGAUGUGUAACACAUUUAUCUCGUCUAGGACUAAAUUACCAAGGAAAGCGUUUCGCAAAAGCCAUGAUUCUACGUUGUUGAGUUGUCACAUGGAAGAUGUAAAUCAUCAACCUGUUCGUCUACUUCGCUUCGUCAAAUUCGAUGAUUCCUCAUCAUGCGAGACGGCGUCGUCUUGUCUGCCGGACAUUCACGGCGAUGGAGUCGAUUGGCGGGGACUGAAUUACGACAAAAAGGACUGGCUUCUUUCGUUGAAGGGGAAACGUAGUGACCGUCGUAGUUGCGCCAUUUUGCGUCAUCAGUCCGUCCCCGUCUAUUCAACCGGUCGACAAGUGAGCCAUGUGAUUGCAUCCAAGACGUCCCGAGACGUUAAAAUGGAACGUCAAAAACUUCGUCACCACCAGCAGCAGCUGAAAUGCUGCAGUCUGGACGGUGAUCCAAUUGCAAUCAGUGGUGCUGGCGCCGAGGAGUCUGUAAUCACUCCACCUAAGGAUUUUCAAGAUCAUCUGGCGGACAGCUGCAAAAUAACAUCCAGUGGUGGAGAGGAUACCAGUCUGCUGACGACGGUGGUCGUUUCCGGCGGCUGUGUUACUGAGACGAUACUUGAGCCGCCGGCCAUGUUUCGACCGCCAGCUAUUCGACACAGACCUCGGACGGAAUUGUACUGGACGGCGGAGCGACCGGCUUGGACGCCGCUCCUUCCGGCUCCCAACGAGUCGACCAGCCAAGUUUUUAACGAAGAGCUGGAACGUCUUAAAUCGCACUCACUUUUUCUUCGUUUCCCAUUGGACGGCGCUGCUCGCGUCCAUUAUCGAUCAUCCAGGAGCGUCGUCGUCCAAUCCGCUUCCGUCAAUCAAUACAGGAUCCGGACGGAGGAGACGACCGAGGCCAAUUAUCCAUCCGACGGAAUCUAUGAGGCCGUGUCGGAAACAGAAAGCGAAGAAGAAGAUGAAGAAACCAGUAAGGAAGAACCACCAGCCAACAGGAGACCUCACGGCGGUCAUCGAGUUUCAGCCGCUCGACUUUCUUCCUCAUCCGGAUUGUCUUCCUCCCAAGCGACCACCACAUCGUCCACUACUUCAGAUGCCGACAGUGGAAUCGACGGAAUCAGUCCUCGUGUUUCGGCUACGGCGUUUGGCGAAUCGACGCUGAGUCCAUCGCAGAGUAUCUUGUACAUUGACAGCAUCAGCGCUCGCAACAGCGUCGUGCACGAUACCACUGCCGAGGAGCAGCCAGCGGAUGAUUCCACCAACGAUCCGGAAGAGUCUUCCAGGCUACCCUCUGACGAAGGAUCGUUUAAUGAUCCUAGGGCUAGCAUCCUGGUCGUGGAAGGAGAUCCACGUCGUGAUCGAGCGCAUCGUGUCGCUCUUGAACUUUUACACACUGAACGGACUUAUGUUGACAUUUUACACUUGCUCGAUCAGGUGUUCCAGUUUCGGAUCGACCAGGAAAACCGAGCGCACGGAAUGUUUGCACAGGAUUUGAUUCCGCAAAUGUUUUCCAACAUCAAAUCGCUUUUUAAAUUGCACCACGAUUUUUUUCUACCGAGAUUGGAAGAGCGUCUCAGAGAGUGGGAAGAGCAAGAGCAACAAGAACGAAGAAUUGGUGAUAUUAUGACGAGUUUCGCUCCGUUUCUCAAAAUGUACGCCGAAUAUGUCCGCAAUUUCGAUCACGCAACGAAUCUGAUCAGCACGAUGAGUCUGAAAUCGCCUCGUUUUGUGGCCAUCGUCGACGAAAUUCAGCAAUUGCCCCAGUGCGGCCAUUUGAGUCUUCAACAUCACAUGCUGACGCCGAUCCAACGAGUUCCUCGCUACGAAAUGUUAUUACGUGAUUAUCUGAGGAGGCUGCCAGAAGAUUCGGCCGACCGGGCGGAAACCGAAAAAGCGCUACAUUUGGUUUCGACAGCGGCUAAUCACGCCAACGAAGCCAUGAAGAAGAUUGACCAGUUCAAACAGCUGCUGGAAAUUCAGGAGAGUUUAGGUGGCGCCGUUGAUCUCGUCUCGCCCACACGCGAACUGGUGAAGGAGGGCAAAAUCGUCAAAAUAUCGGCCAGGAGCGGCGACCACCAAGAACGUUAUCUCUUUCUGUUCACCGAUUUGCUGUUGCUCUGCUCACCACGACUUAUCCCUAAUCGGGUCAUUGGCGGGGCCGGUUUACCACCGUACCGCGUUCGUGCUCGUUUCACCGUCUCUAAUGUGGAAGUGUUGGAAGGUGACAACCUGGAAACGGCCAAUACGUUCUACUUGCGUGAAGGAGCCAAAACGGUUGAACUGUAUACGGGCACUCAGGAGGAGAAGGAAGCUUGGAUCGACGGCCUUUAUGCUGCCAUGACCGAAUUGACACGUCGUAAAUCUUCGCUCAGGAUCUCACCGAUGCAGUCGCAACAACAAGCCAGACCACCCAGUUUAGAUGCCGAUAAUAGUGACUCAUCGCUGGGUAAGGCGGCCCCUACGCUCGUUCGAAUGGAUUCCGUUACAAGAUGUUUCCACUGCCAAGGACAGUUUUCCGUCAUGAAGCGCAAACAUCACUGCUACUCCUGUGGACGAGUGGCUUGCAAUCGGUGCUCCAAUCAUAAACUUCCCUUACCUUACGAUAGCACCAAGUCGUGGAGAGUCUGUGACCCUUGUCACGAAGUCCUCGUUUCGUCUGGACGUAGAGAAAUGGCAAAUAUUUCGCCCGUUCAUACGCCUGACUCGGCUCCUUCACCGCCCAGUCUGCGAUCAAGUCUUUUGGAGGUGGAUGUCGAGACGCCUUCCGUGCUGAGCGGAUACCUUAGUCUCAAGACCCGUGGCAAAACGUGGCAGCGGCGCUGGUUCGCCCUGCGUUCUGAUUUUGUGCUUUACUCUUAUCGAAGCCAUCAAGGCGAAAGCCGGGCCAUGACGGCCACACCUGUUCCGGGAUUCGCUGUCACCCUGGUUAGCGGUUCAAGUAGUUUGCUGGCUGACGGUGCCAGUCCUAGUCACCUGCAAUCCGUUGUCGACCAGGCCAGUAAACUCAGCACUUCUAACGGCGACGGAGUGGGAAUGAUUUCCGAACGGGAUCGUUCAUUUAAAAUGGCCCAUGUCCAUAAGAGCUACCAGUUCCAGUCGCCGACUCGACAAGAAGCUGAGAAGUGGGUCCAGUUUCUACAAAUGGCUGCUAAAGCUGACUUGCCAUCGCCAUCAUGACGCUGUAAAAAAUGACAGAAAAUACCAAAGAUUGUGCACAUAUCCGUCGACUUAAACAGAGAAAUAUUGAUCAAGAAUCGUUUGUAAAGCCUUGUAUGUAUGUUUUGUUUAUUGUAGCUUCUUUAUGUUUCAACAUGCAACAUUUGCUGUACAUAAUUCUUGUCUGGAUUGCACACAACACACGCCCUCACUAUACGCUUCCGAAAUGUUGAAAUGUGUAAUAAUCGAUAUUCUAGACGAGGAAGGUACGGGCCGCUUGUUUCUUUUUUGUCAUAUCUCCAUUUUGAAUUUAUAUAACGAAUCGCGAGUUCCUUCGCCGCUUGAUGUCGAACAUCGUUGUUAAACCGCAUUUUUCGCAAUAAUACAAAGUUUUGUAAAAGA